ACCUUCCCCAGCAGUUCCUUCCCCCCAGCGGUUUGUCCGAACCAUAGUCUUAACCCCGAUCAGCCGUUCUCCGUGCUGUGUCUUGUCAUGUCAUUCUUCUCCUACGUUGCCUCGGGCAUCAGCUCGUUUGUCGUUGUCACGCUCUCGCUGUUCGCCCUGGGUCAGAAAGUUCCUCGCGCCGCUUUCGUUGCUCGCUGUCUCGCAGCCUAUGGCUCGCUUCUCCUGUGCGCCACCUACGGUGUAGUGGCUUCGAUCGUCUUGCGCCUGGUCGGCUACGGCCGGAUCUCGCAAUGGGCCACGGCGCGCAGUUUCAAAUGGGUGAUGCGGUAUACGACGGGGGUGCAGUUCGAUAUCAUUGAGGGGGUCGAGCACCUAUCCACCCGCCCGGCUGUCUUCAUCUCCAACCACCAGUCCGAGCUGGACGUGCUCAUGCUCGGCGCCAUCUUCCCCCCAUACUGCAGUGUUACGGCCAAGAAGUCGCUCCGCUAUAUCCCCUUCCUCGGCUGGUUCAUGGCUCUGUCCCGGACGGUCUUCAUUGACCGUGCCAACCGCGCAACGGCCGUCAAGGCGUUCGACAGCGCCGCUGCAGAGAUGCGUCAGCAUCGUCAGAGCGUCUUCAUCUUCCCCGAGGGUACGAGAAGCUACUCUGACCAGCCUGAGUUGCUGUCCUUCAAGAAGGGGGCUUUCCACUUGGCUGUCAAGGCCGGUGUGCCAAUCGUUCCCGUUGUCACCGAGAACUACUCCCACAUCUUGUCCCCUCGCAAUAUGAGAUUCAAUGCGGGGACUAUCAAGAUCAAGGUUCUUCCCCCAAUCAGCACCGAGGGUCUGACCCCCGCCGAUGUGGACAGUCUUACCAAGUCUACGCAAGCAACGAUGCUCAAGACUCUUCUCGAACUGUCGGAGAAGGACAAAGCGGAGGCUCACUCUGCUGUCGCCAAUGGCACCUCCACUGCCGUUGAGAUCUAGGUCCUAGAUCUCUCUGCAUGACGAAGCAGUUAUUAUCAUGAUUGACUCAUUCACGACCGAGAAGCGCACUCGCAUUCGAGCUUUGUAAACCCUCCCGAUGUUCUUCUAUGCUCGGGGUUUCGAUAUUAC